AUGGAAGUAGACCACAAGAUGCAGUCCGCCAGCACUCGCCAUGCCGCAGAUGCUUUCGCCAACAUGUACGAAUUCAAUUCAACAAGGCUGAAGAAAGAGAACCUCAACGACCCGGCUUCUGUGCCAGAGAAUGGCCGACCCAAACCAGCCUUUGCAAACCAAAGAGUCCCUUUCAAUCCGCAGAUGGGCCCGAAGAAGCUCGUCGUGAAGAACCUACGGGCCGCCACCCGCUUGGAUACUCGGGCGUACUUUGAAAAGACAUGGAAAGAGAAUGACAAAGCUCUCGAUGCCAUAUUCAGAAACGAGAAGGAUCCAUACUCCCUGGAAGAACUAUACAAGGGUGCAGAACAUACCUGUCGGCACGGCCACAGCGCAGACCUCUAUGAGCUCCUGAGUGCGAAAUGCGAGACCCAUCUCAAUGACAACGUCAGAGAUCGCAUCCGGCGGGAAGAGGCACAAUCCUCAGAUGUCGACGUCGUCAGAGCAUUCGUCAAUGCCUGGCAGACUUGGCAAAAACAGCUGCAGACCGUCCGCCAGAUCUUUUUCUACAUGGACCAGACCUAUUGCCUUCGUACUCCCGACAAGAUGAGUGUCUUGCAAAUGGGUUUGACCAAGUUCAGGUCUUCAGUGUUUUAUGACCCUUUCAUAAGAAACAAAGCACUUCAAGGAGUCAUAGUUUUGAUCGAUUCUGAUAGGAGAGGUAACCUCAAUGAGAGUGACUCUAGGCUCCUGCGCCAAUCGGUCGACACUUUCCACGAGCUGAGCAUUUACACCAGUGACCUUGAACCGAUCCUUUGCGUCACUACCGGAGAGUAUUUCCAGGCAUGGAGAGAUAGUGAGUCCAACAAGGACUCUCUGGGUGACUAUGUCAACAAUUGCACUGAUCUUCUGACCCGCGAGAUGGCGAGGUGCGAUUCCUUGUCUCUAGACCGCAAUACAAGGAUCCGGGUGUCGCGUCUUUUCGAUAGCAUCCUUGUGGAAGAGGAACUCGAAACGCUUACCAACGAAGACGGCAUCUUGGAUCUCCUAGAGGACGACAAAUCAGCAGAACUAGAGCGGCUUUACACUUUGCUACAGCGUAAAGGUCACGGAGAGUUGAUCGCGCCGAGUUUUAGUAAAUAUGUUGAGACGGAAGGAUCCUUGAUCGUAUUUGAUGAGAAGAGGGAAUCCGAGAUGGUAAUUAGGCUCCUUGAUUUCAAAAGGCGGCUGGAUCAUUACCAGAAGUACUCCUUCCACGGCAAUGAGGCACUGGGCAAUGCCCUUCACAAAGCCUUCGAAACGUUUAUCAACAAAACAAAGAAAUCCCAGUCGAACUGGGACACGGACAAUGCCAAACCGGGAGAAAUGAUUGCGAAGCACGUCGACCUGCUCCUUAAAGGGGGCGUUAAAGCCGUCCCCCGGCUCCAAACACACAAGCACGAUCCUUCCAAGGCCGAAGAAGAGCAUGACUUCGAUGAUGCCGCUGCCGAAGACGCCGAAAUCAACCAACACCUCUCUGACGCAUUAGAUCUCUUCCGUUUCGUCCAUGGCAAAGCUGUCUUUGAAGCCUUCUACAAGAAGGAUUUAGCUCGCCGUCUACUCAUGGGUCGGAGCGCCUCAUUCGACGCCGAGCGGAACAUGCUCACCCGUCUGAAGAAUGAAUGCGGUGCUGCAUUUACGCACAAUCUGGAGUCCAUGUUCAAGGACAUGGACCUGGCUCGUGAAGAGAUGAUGUCGUACAAUCAGCUCUUGGAUGACCGUGGAGGCAGGGCUCCAGGUUUGCCGGACUUGCAUGUUAAUGUCCUCUCGGCGGCAGCCUGGCCUACUUACCCGGACGUGGCAGUGAACAUCCCACCACAUAUCGCCAAAGUCAUGUCCGAUUUUGAGACGCACUACAAGGCCAAACACUCUGGGCGCAAGCUGACCUGGAAACACUCCCUGGCGCACUGUCAACUGCGCGCCAAGUUCCCCAAGGGAAACAAGGAACUCAUGGUGUCAGGAUUCCAGGCCGUCGUGCUCCUGCUUUUCAACGACAUCCCUGCAGACAAGCACCUGACGUACGACGAGAUCAAAGCCGCCUCGGGCCUGGUCGACGCCGAGCUCAAGAGAACACUCCAGUCCCUCGCGUGCGCCAAGUAUCAAGUCCUGCGCAAACACCCCAAGGGCCGCGACGUCCACGAAACCGACACGUUCACGUUUUCACAGAGUUUCUCGGACCAGAAACUGCGCAUUAAGAUCAACCAGAUCCAACUCAAGGAGACCAAGGAGGAGAACAAAGAGACGCACAUCCGGGUGGCCGCGGACCGGCAUUACGAGACACAGGCGGCGAUCGUGAGGAUCAUGAAGAGCCGCAAGAAGAUUGGGCAUAACGAGUUGAUUGUCGAGGUCAUCAAGGCCACCAUGAGCAGGGGCGUGUUGGAUCAGGCGGACAUUAAGCGGAAUAUUGAAAAAUUGAUUGAAAAGGACUACAUGGAGAGAGAAGAGGGCAACACGUACUCGUACGUUGCAUGA